AUGACAACGGGGCACGACGCCUCUUGCUGCAUCUGCGGCGAGGCGGCGAAGUAUCGAUGUCCCGCUUGCCUCAAACAAACAUGUUGUUUAAAGUGCGUCGCUGCGCAUAAGGAACGCUACGAGUGUUCCGGGCGCCCGCAGCCUUCAUACGUGCCCAUCCAGGAAAUGACAGACCAGACAUUAUCGAAUGACGUCUCUCUGCUUGAUAGGAUUUCACGCGUUAUCGAAUCCACUUCACGUGCGUUUGUGCAGAGGCAGAUAGAUGCUCACGUUAAGGCUUCAAAAAGAAUCAAGACUGCAGCACUCCGAAAAUGCUGCGACGAUCGGGGGAUCAUAUUGCAGUUGUGCCCUUCACACCUAUCGCGCCAUUUACGUAACUAUACUUGCUUACGCAAGGGUAACAUGUACUGGACGGUUGAAUGGUACUUCGCGAAACCAGACAUACUGCUUUUCGAGCGCAGAGUGAGUGAGAAGUGUACGAUAGCAAAAGCGCUUGAACGAGUGCUUAUGCGUGUCGCUGGCAAGCGCAACACUGCUAACUUGCUGCGCGAGUAUUUGGACAUCCACAACGUAGUGAUCCUUAUACGUGACAUUGGAGAAAUAAACAACAAAUCAAGAUACUUCAUGUGUGAUACGCAUUUUACUUUGCGCGAGAGCAUAGAAAAGACUAGAAUCCUGGAGUUUCCAAGAAUUGAUGUUGUACUAAAACGCGAUUUGCAUCUAUACAAAAUAGUCGAACGGAGGUCGCAAACGUCGCCGGAGGAUGGAAAAAUUGUGGAGGAGCCACAUGAGUAA